GCGCCGAGCCCUAUCCGGAUAUGAGAGAGAGAGGAAGACACAGAUAGAGAGAGACCGCGCUGCGAUCGGGGAGGAUACCCGCCCGCCCACUGAAACGUACCCAUGCAAUGCAUAUCCGCUCCCUCUCUCUUCCUUGCCUUAUGUGAGCCGAGCCAAUCCAGUUCCAUCCCAUGAUCUCCUCCUCCCCCGGCCGGCCUCCUCGCGUAUAUAAACGGGGCGCACGCACGGAACCCUGAUCGGGGCCCCAUGCGUUGCAAGCUGCUCGAUCGUGCCGCCGCUGCUUCAGUUCGGUAGAUCGUGAUGGGAGGAGAUGCUGCUUGCGAGGCGGUGGUGACGCUCCAUGGCCGACGGCGGCGAGGGGAGGUUGUAGAAGGAGACCGAUGUGACGGCGGCUGGGUGGCGGCCGGGACCGAGACGAUGUCUAGCGGAUCGUCGACGUCGAGCCUCACCGACGAAGAGGAGGACGGCGACGGCGCGACGUCGUCCUCCCGGCCGGAUCGUGACGUCUCGUCCUCGUCGUUGUCCUCCUUGACGUCGUCGGGGUCGGAAACGACGACGCAGAUCGGCGAGGCCGCCGGCGGGCCGCCCGGCCCGCUCUACGCGCUCUCGACGAUGAUGGAGGAUCUUCCGGCUCUCAGAACAGGGCUGUCCAAGCACUACAAGGGGAGGUCCCAGUCCUUCACAUCGCUGGUCGAUGUCAGCUGUGUGGAAGACCUCGCCAAGAAGACCACCCCUUACACCAGAAGAAAGAAGGCGCCCGGGCGCUGUGCUGAAGUGCUGGGCGCCAAGAACCGGCUGUCGAAGACGAUAUCCAAAAAGGCGCCGAGGGGCAAACCACCUGCAUACCAGGGCAAGAGAGAGAUGUACAGAUGCUAGGCCAUGGCAAGAAAUGUAGUGUCAUGCCCAGUGAAAUGAGAUAAGUACAGCACUGAGAUUGAACACGUUCAGUCGGCGGCCUCAUCUUCCCUCGUCACUAGAGCUUUUUGAAAUCGUUUUAUUUACU